CUACAAAAAUAUUUCACAAAAUAUCAAAGGCAUAUCAAACUUUAACUGAUCCACAAAAAAAACUAGAAUUUGAUAAUACAUAUAAAGCCCGCAUUGCAGUUAAAAAAAGAACAGAAGCUUUGGAUUCUAAGCGAAGGCUUAUGAAAGAAGAUUUAGAAGAAGGCGAGAAAGCUGCAAAGCAGUUAAGAAAAACUGUCUUUACGGAAGAGUCAGUGAAAGCAAAAAUUGAACGUUUAAAAGAAGAUACUGCUCGAAGACGACGAGAAAGAGGAGAGAGGUUGAGAGCUGAAAGGGGAAAAUUUAAAUGA